GAAACUAAGCGUUGACGGUAGAUUUUCCCGGAAAGCCUUAGGCUACAUCUUAAUCUAGACUUGAGGCCCUAGAUUUAGAUCUAGAUUCUAAGUGAAAUUGCAGAUUGCAGAAGGUUCUGUCUCCAUUUUUUUCAAGCACAGUUGAAGUAUCGUUCUUGUACCGAGGUGGAGGGUCGCUUGUUUGUUGGUUAUUGUUGAGAGUGAGUGAGAGUGGAAGGUGAAAUAGCAUGACGUUAAAAGUACAACCGCUGUUCCAUGGGGUGCUGGCUACCUCACUGAAAGUUGUACGUUAUGUAUUUCUCCUGCUUAUCCUGUGCUUCCACGUCAGUUCGUCAACUGAAGAUAAUGUGACCAUCACAGCUCUGAAAGACUUACAAGACAUCUAUGAGAACUUGAUCAAGCCCUUGGAAAAUGCUUACGCUUUUGGGGAGAUUCACAAGGAUGUCAUGUUAGCCAAUGAAAUCCCUGCCAAGCCUUUAAUCCUCAUGGUUGGUCCGUGGAGCACUGGUAAGUCGACGUUGAUCAACUAUCUGGUGGGUCUGGAGGAUACUGUGGAGAGACUCCACACAGGAGCUGAGCCCACGACCAGCGACUUUUUCGUUCUGAAGUAUGGCCCGAAAUAUCGCAAAUUCAAGGGUAUGGAGUUAGUUAGUGACGAGAAGCAGGGAUUUGCCUCUCUGGAAAAGCUUGGCUUGAAUUUCCUGGAGCGGCUGCAAGGAAUUGAAAUGCAGUCUCCCUUGCUGGAGUCUGUUUCCUUUGUGGACACACCAGGGAUAAUUGAGAACAAAAAGCAGCAGGAGCGAGGAUACCCUUUUAAUGAAGUGUUACAGUGGUUUAUACAGAGAGCCAGUCUCAUCUUACUAGUGUUUGACCCAACCAAGCUGGAAGUGGGAUCCGAAUUGGAGCAAGUGGUUAACAUACUUAAGGGCCAUGAUGGCAAACUGAGACUUAUUCUCAACAAAGCGGACACUGUUGGAGAGCAAGAACUGAUGAAAGUCUACGGUGCCCUUUUCUGGAGUCUGGCCCCUCUGAUGCACUCUGUUGAACCACCGCGGAUUUAUAUGGGCUCUUUCUGGUCCAAGAAGCGGCAGGACAACUCCUUAAUCCAGCUCUUCGAGGAGGAAGAGAAAUCUGUUCUCUUAGAUCUCCAUCAGGCUAUAGAAAACCAGGUGGAGAACAAGAUUUCCUACAUCCGCAGGCAUGCUUUUCUUGUACGCCUACAUGCCCUUAUAGUGGAUACUUUCCUCUCUGUCUUUGAAGAGAGAAAGUCUUGGUUCGGCGACAGUGAUGACAUCUGGUUUAACAUUGUUCAUAACCCUGGGAUGUAUGGGGUGGUCCAGAGAGUGCUGCAAAAAGAGGGCAUCAGUAAGCAUGACCUAAAAGACGUUGGCAUGUAUGUAGAGUUUUUCCAGGAUAACCUAAGGACAUUUUUUAGACCUCUGAGUCAUUACUGUCCCAUCUUUGAUGAAUGUCUUUUAGAAAAAGUGUCCAGUGCCAUUUCAGAUGAACUUCCCAGGCUUCUCACAAAACUAAAAACUGAAAAAAGUUCACAAAGCUGCAGCAAAGACUCUUGUGAUCCCUAGUAGUAGUGUCAAGCACAGCUAGCAGUUUGUUAAAUUAAAGAGAAUUUAAAUUUUAUGUUAAAAGGGAUAUAUGUAGAUUGAGAUAAAAAGUAUUUGCAUUUGUACACCAAAACUACUGUGGCAGGCAGAAUACAGAGUGGCAGAAGACAGCCAGUUACUGGAAAAGUUCAGAAGAAAAA